UACUAUCCACACAACCUUAGGCGAGGAAUUAUUCGGAUAUCCAAAAAAGGUUGCCAUCUUCAGAAGGGAUGUGUAUGCCAUGACCAACAUGAAGGAGCUUUCUGGCAACUGUAUUGUGAUGUAUAUGAGCUUUCUUUAUCAAGUGUUAAAGAAAUCGAAGAUGCUUGACAUGAUUGGCUUCGUAGACCCUGCACACACUGGUGUCAUUGGCUGUGGAAAUCUGACUGAACGGGCUCGUUCUUUGUCAGCUUCUUAUGAAAGAGGGAAGCCUGGUCAGAUUUUUUUGGUGCCCUAUAACUCAGGCUGUCAUUGGAUGUUGACGGUGGUGAACCCCACUGAAAAAAUUGUGUAUUUCAUGGAUCCGCUAAAGAGGCGACUUGUCACCGGUGAAUGGAGAACUAUUGUGGACAAGUAA